AUGGCUAAUUCAGCUUCUUUACUGGAUGUUGUUGCAAACAUCGGUGUGGUGGAACUUGGUGAGAAGGACCUUGCCAUAUACCUUGCUGAUCGAAGAUCAACUGGAAAACCAUUUUUUAGAAAUGGUAUUCCAUCCCUUGUUGCUGUUCCUGCUGGAUGUCGGUCUUCUAAAUGUAUUAGUAGGUUUAACGAUGAGCUUACUGUUGACAAGGUUACAAAUUGGUUUGCAACAAGUGUAUUGGCUUUACCUCAAAUUAACUACUACUCAAGGGAAUCUUUGGUAAAAGUCUUCUUUUUCUCAACAUCUGGUGAGCGUGCUGCUCCAUUUAUACGACAAACAGCUAAAGACUAUUGGGCUUUUGCUUCAUUUGCAUUCAUCCUCUGGCGAGAAGAGGAAGCUUCCUAUUGGUGGGGAGCAUUUGGGGUGGAAUCAGCACCAGCUAUUGUAUUUCUUAAAGACCCAGGUGUCAAGCCUGUGGUUCACCAUGGUUCUGUCAACAAUUCAAUUUUUUUGAAAAUGAUGGAAAAUAAUAAACAGCAAGAACUUUCACAGCUAAGGAGUGUGACAUCAAUGGAGUUAGGCUGUGAUCCUCAUGGCUAUUCUCGGGCUGGUUAUGAUACAGUAAUAUGGUAUUGUGCUAUUGUGGUUGGAAGGCCAAGUCUGGAGCUGAACAAAAUGCGGGAAACUAUGUGCAGGGUCCAAGAAACCUUGUCCAAGCAUAGCCAACUGGAUGCAGCUUCUGAAAAUCAAUCUUUAGCUCCAGCUGUGGAUGCAUUUAAGAGAAGGCGAUUGACAUUUGCUUGGCUUGAUGGUGAAAAGCAGAAGGAUUACUGCCAAUUUUACCUUGGUCAAGCGGGGAGCGAUCACACUUGUGGACAACGACGGAGUGUGACUGAUAUUCCUCGGUUAUUUGUCAUUCGUUACCUGAGGAAUAGUAGUGCUGUUGAUUUGAGAACAGAAGAAAAGACGAAGUGGAAAUCAUCACUGUUCCAAGAUCUAAUCAAUGAUUCUGAUCUUGCAGGCCAGUUUGUCGCUGGGUACAAGGGAGAACAUGAUGUCUCACAGAUAACCGCCUGGCUUGCAAACAUUAUUUCUGACGGUGACUCCAGAGAGUUACCAUUCUUUACACUACGAACUCCUAAGCUUGUCCCGGAUGACACAGAACCUAUUUGGUCCAUAACAGCACAAAAUAUUCCUUUGAAAAAUCUGCAGCAGAGUAUUCUUGGUGGACUUUCUGUAUACCGUGAGGAUCCAAGACUUGGUCCGUUUUUGCUUCUGGGUGCAUUAAUUUCUUUCGGUACUAUCUGGCUGCGUAGGAGCCAACAAGUUCAGCCAUCUGAACCAAAUCAACCUAGUUCCAAUCACCCAUCUGAAUCAAAUCAACCAAGUCAACCCAGUUCCAAGGAUGAAAGGAAACAAAAUCCUAGAGAGCGGUUCCGGAGUCGGUCAAAUAAAAAACCACCCCCUUCUAUGACCGAUUUCGAACCAUCAGAUGCUUACCAGUUGCCACUAUCAGAUUCUGACUGA